CAGUGAUGACAAGUCACAAAUACAAACAACCAAAAGUGACCGGGUCUUGUUAAUAAAGCGAACGGUGAGUUAGUGUCAACGGUGACGUUGCUUGUUUACGUAUAAAUCUUUUCUGAAAAACGGUUUUUUAAAUUUGCCUAACAAAACCAUGUCCGGUCAAUGGGAAGUUGUAGGCAAGAAGAGAGAUAAAAACAGUGUUCAGCAAGCCCAAAAAUCUGGAAAUAAUAAAGAAAAUAAGCAGAAAAUUGUUGUAAAAGUGGAAGAUAUUUUACCCAGAUCGCAAAUUAUCAAUUUGUUUGGUAACAAUAAGGGUAGCAUUAAAGAUUCCCAAAAGGUCCAAGAAAAGAGCAAAAAGAAUGAAACUACUAAUCAACAGAAAAAGCAAAAGAAACAACCACAACCUGUUGAGAAAUCAGAUGUUCAACCUAAACCAAAGCCUAAAUCAAUUGAAAGUGCUCUUAAUUCUAUUAGUAUAGAUGAACUAAAGAAAGUAUACGAGCAAAAUAAAACAUUAUUUCCAGAUGGACCUAUUGUAUGGUUAAAAGAACUUCAACAAUUUUUAAAUCGGAACAUUCCUGUUGAAAUUUCAGAUCCAAUUUUUCAAAAUAAGUCAGACUGUUAUCCUUUUUCUGUGAUUCCAGCACAAAUAAAAGCUAUUAUGGAAAAAGCUUGUAAAGAAGCAGAUUCUAAAAAUCAAGAACUAUUUUUCGAUAUAUGUUUAAGUUCGAUGGCUAUGGAAAUGACAAAUGGUUUUUCUGCAAUAGGCCAAAAGCUUUUCCUUCAACUUUUAGCAUUAAACAAUCCAAAAAUAGUGAUAGCAAACAUUUCUAAAAGUAUCAGCUUAAGAACGUCAUAUCAAAACAGACAAAAUGUUGGCCUAUCAAUUUUAUGGGCGCUAGGAAUGGGUGGUCUCAAAGACCUGAACGUCGGUUUCAAAGUGUUCCAAGAAAUUAUGUUUCCCCUCAUCGAAAUGAAAAAUUAUUCGCGUUUUAUAUGCGGCUACCUCAUCGAUCUCAUCAACCGAUUUAACGAUGUACCUCUUUCAAAGGAACAGUACCAAUUUGUGAUGGAAUAUAUUUAUUCGAAUAAAAAAAAUUCGCCGCUCGAUCUCAGCGCGCAAAUACAAAAACAAAAAUUGAAAGAACUUCUUUUUAUAAACAGCAAAGAUAAAUAUCACGGUUUCGUCGAAUUUUUCUUAAAGAAGCUUACAAUAAGAGAGUCGGAUUCCUAUCGAAACGAACUUUGCGAUGUUAUUAUAGCUUGUUUAAUUCGAGAUCCAACUACAUUUAAUGUAUGGACGAAACAUUAUAGUAAAAAUCUUGUUGGUAGUGCUAUAUUAUUAAAUUAUAUUGAUGCUAAUUGGACUAGAUUUCGAAAGAACUUUGGUAGAAAAGUACUUAAUGAUGUUUUGAUUAGUUUUUCUGUUACAAAUGAGGAUUUAAUGACCAAGAAAAAGAAGGAUGAAGGAUUAAUUGAUGCUAUGGAUGAGAUCGAGAAAAUCCGUGGGAAAAUGGCACGAAAGAAGACCAGUGGAUUCCCGUAUAAAGCGCUCAUUUUCUUGACGGUUUUUGUUUCGGGGGUCAUCGUCGUUUAUGACAUCAGAAGAAACGGUAAUAAAUGGGAAAGAAGUACGACUUACAAUACAUUAAAACAGUGGAAAGUUGACGAAUACCUCAAUGUUGCUGGUGAUAAAGUGAUUGAAGGUGCGAAUUGGGCCCAUGGGAAGUUCCAAGAGAAAUUUCCUGGAUACACUGAAAAGGCUGUUGAAUAUUCAGAGCCUUAUUUAGAAUUAACCAAAGAAUUUGGGAAGUUCUUUUGCAAUGCCUGUGCAGGACUGAAGGAAUUAAUUGUAGAAAAAUACCCUAUUUUUGUGGAAUCUAUUGAGACUUAUGCACCUGGAUUAAUAGAGCAAUCUUCAAAAACAAUGGAAAAUGUUUGGUCCACAUCCGUGUUAUAUUUUAAUAGAAGUGUAGAUUAUUUAAAGCAAGAAGUUUUUGUUGGUCAAUUAGCACCAGAAAAUGUCCAAAAACUCGUCAUAGAAGCACUGAAUACAACACAACAGAAGGCCAGUGAAUAUUAUUAUUGGUUGUAUGAAAAAGUCCAAAGUACAAUUAAAUGAGAAACAUAAAAUUUAAGAAUGAAAACUAAAAAAAGUGUUUCUAUUAUUAUUUUUCUUCUAAUUUAUACAAUUUUUGAUCUUCAUGAAAGUCUUAUAGAAGCGUAUAGAGCAUGUAUCUUCUUUUUUAAUUUUUAAUGUUGUUUUUCUUUAUUUUCUUUUUCUUUGCUUUUUUGUAUGUGGUAAUGUGUCGGUUAUGGAUCUAGAAUUUACUCAAAAUGAAAACCUAAAUUGCCAAACUAAUGAUUAUCUAAUGAAAAUAGUUGUAUUCAAUUAUUUACAGAGUGUACAUUCCCAUUUUUUUUCCAAAACAUUCAAUUCAAUAGUGUGUAAGAAUAUUUGUUAAAUAAAAAAUCUUUUUAAUUAAAAA